UAUUCACUAAAACUAGAACCUAAUAAUGGAAUUAGGUACUCUUUAAUAAUGAAAUAAUUCUUUAUUUUACAAAUAAUUUAAUAAAGUUAGACUAAAAACAUGGUUUAAAAAAGGUACGUUAUUCAAAUUUACUUCUAUAAAAAUGUAAACAAUCAGUUGUUGCUAUGGUGAUAUCCACUAUGACUACAGUAUAUACAAUAGGUACACAACAAAAACAAUAAACCAACAAUUAUUGAAUGCAAUAAUUUGGUUAGUAUGUAGAAAAUAGUUAUUGUUAUUAUUUUGAUAGUAAUAUUAAAAUAGUAAAAAAGGAUGAACAAUAAAUGUUAAAAAGUAUAGUAUUACAAAUUAAAUAUCUUUCUUCAAUAAAAUUAAUUUGGUAUAAUAAGUAAUGGAUAAAGAUCCAAUGAUUGAACUUACUGAAUUUCAUAAUAAUUUAUAUAGCCCUAUAUCAGAUUCUAGAGAAAAUUUGAUAGAAAAACCACCAGAAAUUAAACCAAGAAAGAAAAAAUUAUUAAGUAUAAAUGAUAUUCGGUCUACAGGAUCUAGUUCCAGCAAUAGUGAGAGGGAUGGAUCAGAAUUGUCAUCAAUUAGCCAUGAUUCAUCACCAUUGUCACAAAGUUGGCAAAAAAUUAAAAAUAACACUGAUGUAUGUAUGCCAAUACCUGUCCCUCGCCCACGUUCAAUAUCUAGUAAAAAGUCUGCAAGUACUAAUGGAUCUAGUGAAAGAAGUAUAUCUGCUAUUAGUCCAAUAUCAAACAAGAGUAGUUUACAGAACAGUCGAUCAGUAACGCCAGAAAGUGUAUCCAUUGAAUUAAGUGAUAGUGACCUCACAGAUAGUUCAAGCAGAAUAGUUCCAUUAAAAGUUAAAAUGAAAGAAAACAAAGAAACAAAUGACAUGGAGCUGUCAGCUGCAUUAAAUAAUGUUGCUAGUUUAAAUAUGUUUAAUGAAGAAACAAGAAAUGAAAAUGAAAACAUUAAACUAGAAAUUUAUAUUCAUAAAACAGAUGCAUUAAAAGUUGAUACAAGAAUAAAACAUCCAAGUGUUAUAAUUUCUAUUAUUGAUACAACUACGUGGGAAUAUCUAAGAAUAAGCAAUGCAAAUGUAACAAAUCAAGAAAAAACUUAUAUUAAUCCCAUUUUAACAAAAGAAUUUGAUUUCAAAUUUCAUAAAACAAUAAUACCAAUCUGGGAUGAAAAACUGGUUUAUACUGAAAAUUUUAAACACAUCAUAACAGAGAAUACAGUAAUAUUAUUUGAGAUUGUAGAUUAUACUGGAAGUAUUCGACCUCUAGUAACAAUGAAUGAUUGGCAUAGAAUAGCUUGGGCGUUUAUAAGACCAAUUGGAUCUAAUGGAAUUACAAAUACAGGAAAACAAAUAAGAUUACAAUUAUAUAAACCUGGGCCAAAGCCGAAGUCUUUUCACAAAAGUCAUCCAACGGCAAUGCAUUGGUUUAUAAAAGGAAUAUUAAAAAAAUAUCCAAGCACGCUUUAUAUAAGUUUGAAUAAGGUAAAAUACUCUGGGGCAACUGAAGUGGUAUCAGAACAUAAUCAACAAGAAUUAAAAUCUAUUGACUCUAGUUCACCAAAUGAAAUUAAUUCUGAUUCAAUCAGUUCAAGUCAAGAAACGUUUCAAGAAUACGAUAUUAAGUGGAAACGUUUUCCUGGUCAAAAAUGUAAAAUACCAAAUUCUGAAAUUGUGAAACUUCAACCGAACUUAGAAGGAUGUAUGUAUUUAAAAUUUAGUUAUGAUGGUUUAAGGCUAGCGGUUGCUACAGGAAAAAAUAUAAAUAUAUAUUCAAUACCAGGAUACAAAUUGUUUAAACAGUUAAUUGGUCAUCAAGGUUUGGUUUAUACUUUAAGGUGGAGCAAUGAUAAUAAUAAUUUAUUAACAACUUCUUCCGAUUAUACUGCGUGUGUUUGGACACUGAAGAAUAACAAUCAAACAAACUUCCAAAUUCUUCCACAUCCGUCGUAUGUAUAUUGUGCUGAAUAUAAUAACACAGUUAUAAUAACUGGAUGUUACGAUAGUAUAUUGCGAUUAUGGACUUCUGCCUUUAAUAAAUGGACAUUGUGCCAAGAAAUGGAAUACCACAAAGGUUUCAUAUCAAGUAUUGCUCAAUUGGAAACUAUAGUACUUUCGUCCGAUAGCCAUGGGAUCAUUAUCGAAUGGACGCUUGAAAAUUGUAGAUUAGAACUAAAAAGAAUUAUAUCAGUACCUGAAAUACGACAAGUUAUAAUAAGUAAUAUAGUUUUACAUCCAGCCGGUAAACGACUUCUAAUUCAAACCAGAGAUAGUAUUUUACGUAUGAUGGACUUACAUACGACGGCAAUCAUACAGUGGUUUAGGGGUGGUGUAAACAACAAAGUACAAACAGGAUGUGUAUUAAGUCCUUGUGGUAAUCUUGUGUUUGGCUGUGGCGAAGACGGACUAGUUAAUGUUUGGGAAGCGUAUACUGCUAAACAAUUGGCAUUUUAUACGAAUCGUCAAGAUUUAUCAGCUGCCACUAGUGGCGCAGUAGAUUACCAUCCACACGAUCAUAUGAUAGUAUUUGGGGUAUAUACUCAAAAUAAAAAUUCGCCAAUUUAUGUUGCUCAAUACACAAAAGAAAAUGAAACAGACAUUGGUUUGAGGUUUUUGAUCCCAAUAGAACAUAAACAAAAAGCUUUCGGGCAUAUUAAUCACCAGGCAGCAGAAUAUGGAUAUUUAAAUAAAUUAAAAACAAAAGAACAUGAUAGUCAACGUAUGAUGCCACUAGUCAAUAUCAUUAAGAGAAUGGACAGUGUUUUAAAUUCAUUUAAGAUUAAAGAAUAACAAACAAUGCUGUGGUUCAGUGGUUGAGAGCCAAAAGCUGAUAUGUGAAAAAUUCAAUUUUGAGGUUUUACAUGUUAUGUGUGGUAAAUUAAGUAUUUUAUGGUUUUAUACAAUUUUUAAAUUGCUCUCCUAAAAAGUUGGAUUUUUUCACAUAUCAGCUUUUGGCUCUCAAUUAUGUAUCCAUGAAUUAUGGCCACGUACCGUUUCCGCCAACAUUUAAAAUGGCUGUUUUCGUUAUCACCCUUUCCCACCGAUUUAAAAAAGGUUUGAUUCCUGUUUCCGCCAAUAUACCUGCUAA